AUGGAUGGGAAAAACUCUCUUCAAAUAACAAAAACUGCUUCUGGAGCUUAUGAUGAUGAUGGACAUGCCAAAAGAACAGGAAAUUUAAAGAGUGCUGUGGCUCAUAUCAUAACGGCGGUUAUUGGUUCUGGUGUUUUGUCAUUGGCAUGGAGUACUGCUCAGUUAGGAUGGAUUGGAGGGCCACUUGCUCUGCUUUGUUGCGCAAUUGUUACUUAUGUUUCUUCAUUUUUGUUAUCUGAUUGUUACAGAAAUCCCGAUCCUGUGACCGGAAAAAGAAACUACUCUUACAUGGAUGCUGUUAGAGUCAAUCUUGGUAAUAAAAGAACUUAUGUGGCGGGGUUUCUUCAGUUUUUGACCUUGUAUGGGACUGGUACUGCUUAUGUAAUUACCACAGCAACUAGUUUGAGGGCUAUUAUGAGAUCAAAUUGUUAUCAUAAGGAAGGACACAAAGCUCCUUGUAGUUACGGUGGAAAUUUGUAUAUGAUGAUGUUUGGACUUGUUCAGAUUGUAAUGUCAUUCAUACCAGAUCUCCAUAACAUGGCAUGGGUUUCAAUUGUGGCUGCAAUUAUGUCUUUUACAUAUUCAUUCAUCGGACUAGGACUCGGCAUAGCAACCGUCAUUCAAAAUGGAACAAUUAUGGGAAGUGUGACAGGAGUACAAACUGCUAAUGGUUCCGAGAAAAUCUGGUUAAUCUUCCAGGCACUUGGUGACAUUAGCUUUUCAUAUCCAUACGCAAUUCUCCUUCUUGAGAUACAGGACACUCUAGAAUCUCCUCCUCCAGAGAAUCAAACCAUGAAAAAGGCUUCCAUGGUUGCAAUCUUCAUUACAACAUUCUUCUACCUAUGCUGUGGAUGCUUUGGAUAUGCAGCUUUUGGAAGUGCCACACCAGGAAACUUAUUGACAGGGUUUGGAUUUUACGAGCCUUUCUGGCUUAUCGACAUUGCGAAUGUUUGCAUUAUCAUUCAUUUGGUUGGAGGAUAUCAGAUAUACAGUCAACCAAUAUAUAGCACUGCUGAUAGAUGGUGUGCAAAGAAAUACCCCAACAGUGGCUUUGUGAAUGAUUUCCACAGAGUGAAACUUCCUCUAUUACCGGCUUUUGAGAUAAAUCUUUUCAGGUUUUGUUUUAGAACAACCUAUGUGAUUUCAACCACUGGUCUUGCAAUUUUGUUUCCUUACUUCAACCAAGUUCUUGGAGUUUUAGGAGCAAUAAACUUUUGGCCCUUGGCUAUAUAUUUCCCAGUUGAAAUGUACUUUGUGCAGAAGAAAAUUGGAGCUUGGACUAGAAAAUGGAUUGUUCUAAGGAUAUUUAGCUUUGCUUGCUUUCUUGUCACAGUGGUUGGAUUUGUUGGAUCAAUUGAAGGUAUUAUAAGUGAGAAAAUUAGUGGAAAAGGUUAA